AUGUCCGAAGCAACUGAGGUUAAAAAGGUCGGCCAAACUCCAGUAUCAAACAGUGAAGCCGUUAAAGUAGCUAAUACUAGCGGAACUACACCUGUUGAUACCUCGAAAUCUACCGAUAAGAAAAAGAAGAAAAAGAAGAAGAGAACUAAUAUUAGUAAGAUUGAAAACUAUUUCCCAGACGGUGUAUACCCAGAAGGUGAAUGGAUGAAUUAUGACCAAGAUUUUAAUUUGGCUCGUACCACCGAUGAGGAGAAAAGGUACCUGACGAGAGAUUUAGAGAACCAAGACCAUUGGAAUGAAGUCAGAAAAGCAGCUGAGAUUCAUCGUAGAGUAAGAAAGAAUGUGGAAGGUAAAAUUCAUCCUGGGAUGAGAUUGACUGAGAUUGCAGAUCUUAUAGAAAACACUACAAGAAAAUAUACAGAUGCUGAAGAUUUGACAAAAAUGGAUGAUCCUACAAGUAGAGGUAUUGGGUUUCCAACAGGUCUUUCUAUUAAUGAUAUUGCAGCUCAUUUCACCCCUAACAAAGGUGAUAAAACUAUUUUGAGAUACGAAGAUGUUAUGAAAGUAGAUUUUGGUGUUCAAGUUAAUGGUAAUAUUAUUGACUCUGCAUGGACAGUUUCAUUUGAUCCACAAUAUGAUAAUUUAUUAACUGCCGUACGUGAAGCUACUAAUACCGGUAUAAAAGAGGCGGGUAUUGAUGUUAGAUUGACGGACAUUGGUGAAGCUAUUCAAGAAGUCAUGGAAUCAUAUGAAGUAGAAAUAAAUGGUGACACAUAUGGUGUCAAACCAUGUAGAAACCUAUGUGGACAUAACAUUGGUCCUUGGAGAAUUCAUGGUGGUAAAUCUGUACCAAUUGUUAAGAAUGGUGAUAUCACUAAGAUGGAAGAAGGUGAACAUUUUGCCAUUGAAACUUUUGGUUCUACAGGGAGUGGUUAUGUUACCACUGAAGGUGAAUGUUCUCAUUAUGCUGUUCAAGAUUAUGACUAUGAUGCUCCUUCUUUACCAAGUGCUAACAAACUAUUAGAGACAAUUAAUAAAAGUUUUGGUACUUUACCAUUCUGUCGUCGUUACUUAGACAAGAUUGGUGAAGAUGAGCACGAAUAUGCGUUGAACUAUCUAGUGAAACAAGGUUACGUCCAGGAUUACCCACCGUUAGUUGAUAUCCCAGGUUCGUACACUGCUCAAUAUGAACACACUAUCUUGUUACACCCAAACAAGAAAGAGAUUGUGUCGAGGGGCGAUGAUUAUUAA